AUGCGCUUCAUCAUUCUCAUUACUGCUAUGGCAGGCCUUGCUGCGGCGUCCCCCGUCCUCGAUGUAGAAAAGCGAGAUUCUAAGCCAAAUCCAAGCGAGGUGUAUGUGGAGAGUGUUUCCUGGGCUGGCACGGGAUGUCCACCCGGUAGUGUAGAUGCUAAAGUCCUCGAAGCUGGGACACUUGUCUCGCUUGCUUUCAGCAAAUACGUUGCUGCUACGGGACCGGGAGAAUCCGCAGCGAACGCUCGCAAGAACUGCGACGUUCGAGUCACGCUGCACUAUCCGCAAGGCUGGUCCUGGACUGUGGCGUCAACGGAUUUGAGAGGCUAUGCGCAGCUUCCUGAGAAGUGCUCUGGAAAAGUUGGUGCGACCUAUUUCUUCAGUGGACAGCAGCAGCAGGCUUCGGCCAUGGUCCCGUUCAAAGGCCCGUACGAUGACAACUACAAUGUUCACACAGAAGUAGGACAGGCUGCUCUUGUAUGGGCUAAAUGUGGCGCUAAGGGUCCGUUGUUCAACGUCAAUUCGCAAGCAGUUCUUACUUGUGAUAAGAAAGCAAUGUUUAGUGUGGACACUCAGGACACAAAGUUCGAGAUGAAGUUGCAUUUGCAAUGGAAGAAGUGCUAG